AUGGCAUCACACAAGUACGAGAAUGUGCAGCUCGGAGGGGGGCAUGAGCACGACCACGACGACUCCAGGUCCAGCACAGAGGUCGAGUCACUGAUCGGCGACGAGAAGUCAUGGCACGCACACCAGCACGAGCGCGAGAGGAAGUCAAAACGGUCACAGCUCUAUAGCAUCCUGAGGUCGUCACGGUGGAUGCUGGACACCACGCUGCUGCUCAUCAUCGUCGCCCUGCUGGUGCGCAACGAGAUGAAGGAGCCCAUGCAGGACCAGUGGCAGCUUCUCGGCGACAUGACGGGCGUCGGCCCACGGUUCCCGCAGAAGCUCGCCAGGUUCGAGUACGACACGUCCUACGCGCCCAUGAACACGUCCGAGUUCUUCACCAACGAGACUUUGGACAAGUGGAACAACCUGAUGCCAAAGGGCAUGGGCUUCCAAUGGGUCAACGACACGCACAAGUACCACGACCUCCCCAAGCCCAUCGACUGGUACGAGGGCAUGACCGUCUUCACCACCUCCGUCACCCACCAGAUCCACUGCCUGUUCGCCAUGGCCCAGACCUACUCGGGCCUGUCGUCGGGCCACCCCAUCCCGGACGACCACCACUGGCACAUGAUCCACUGCAUCGCCUACAUGCGCCAGGCCAUCACCUGCGCCGCCGACACCGCCCUCGAGGGCCACGCAACCACCUUCCCCGACGACAACUCGGGCAGCGACGGCUGGGACGCCACACACGUCUGCAAGGACUACGACCAGGUCCUCGAGUACCUCGAGGGCGUCAGGGCUUAUGAUGACCAGCUGAUCUACUGA